CCUCCGCCCCGGCCCGCUGUCCCCUGCCGCCGCCGGAUGGGGCCUGCCGGCCGGCUCCUCGCGGCAGCCGCUCUCCUCUCCAGCCUCUGUUUACAUGGGCUGCCGGGGAAUUCCGGCCGCGCAUUUGCUCAUAGUGGACCGGUGCUCCACCGGGUCGACCACGCAGAGGAAGACGACGACAGCGGCGGCCUCAUGCCAGAGCUCUCACCGACAGGCUCUCCCCAGCCCUUCGUCCCCUUCCUAGCGCCUGCCCCUCUCGCGCCGUUCUACAACAACACCACGCCCAAGCUGUCAGGCAAAUGCUCGCUGAACUUCACCGCCAUCGAUAGUCUGAUGACCACCACGGCCGUCGAUUGCUUUGCCCUGUUCGCUCCGUUCCUUGCCAAUGUCAUUUGCUGCCCCCAGCUCCAGGCCACUCUCACCAUCCUGAUAGGACAGUCCAGCAAGCAGACGGGCACCCUUGCGUUGGAUCCCGCUGCUGCCAACUACUGUCUGUCUGAUGUUCAGCAGCUGCUCAUGAGCCAAGGCGCGAGUGACGAUCUCCACAGCAUUUGCUCGGUUCAUCUCUCCAAUGCCACCGAGGGGUCGUGCCCCGUCAGCAGCAUCGAUGCGUUUGAGAGCGUCAUCGACUCGUCAAAGCUCCUCGAGGCCUGCCGGAAGGUGGAUCCUGUCAACGAGUGCUGCAGCAAGACAUGCCAGAACGCUAUAAACUAUGCUGCCCAGAAAAUCUCUUCCAAGGACGCUGCGUUGACAAGCAACACUGGGGGUUCCAAAGUUGACAGUUGCAGGAAUGUUGUACUUAGAUGGUUAUCCAGCAGGCUGGAGCCAUCACCUGCAUCCAAGAUGCUAAGGCAGAUAUCAAACUGUAAUGUCAAUGAAGUUUGCCCACUAAGCUUCCCAGACACAAGUAAGGUAGCAAAGGAGUGUGGUGGUACAGUGAAGAACUUUACUGUAUGUUGCGAGGAGAUGGACAGUUAUGUAUCUCACUUGCAAAAGCAAAGUUUCAUCACAAAUUUGCAAGCUUUGGAUUGUGCCUCAUCCCUUGGGAAUAAAUUGCAAAAGAUGAAUGUCAGCAUAGAUGUUUAUAGCACGUGCCAAAUAACUUUGAAAGAUUUUUCACUUCAAGUUGGAUCUCAAGAAUCUGGAUGCCUCCUUCCAAGUAUGCCUUCAGAUGCAUCAUUUGACCCUUCUUCUGGGAUUAGUUUCACAUGUGAUCUGAAUGACAACAUCGCGGCCCCAUGGACAUCUUCUUUGAAACCGUCAGCUUCAUCAUGCAGUAGAUCUCCUGCUCCUGGUCCUGGUCCUAGUAUCCCAGAGAGGCCUUCAGCAACAUCGGCACAAAAUGGUGUCAGCCAGAACAGGCUGGAGCUUAGCCUAGUCAUUUGUUUGGGCACCCUUCUGGCUGCUCUUUUACUACAAGUCUAGUCCACUCCAAUUUUUUCAAAUAUUCAGGUUAAGGAGAGCUGAUUGGAACUGUGAACCGCGGAGUUUUGCUCGUGCUUGGCCAUCACACCGAACCAUUGUAACCGGUAGUUAGUAGAUGAAUUUGCUGUAAGCUAUAAAAUGAUACUGGUGAUCUAACACUCUAAUUUAUUAUGCCUUUGUAUAGCGAGUAGCGAGAAAGAAGAGGGGGCUUUCAGAAUU